CCAUUCAAAUAAGGAUGCGACAUGUAAUAUUGUCAUUUUAUACAUUCAUCAAAACGUUAAAAUUUUAACAUUAUUUGACAAAAUGGCUUUAAAUGAAUUACUUUCCUACUUGUUUUUAAUUCAGUUUUAUGUAACGCGAAGUUUUGGCGAGUAUGAUAUAUCGAAGCAGACGACAAAUUGGUCUUCUGCAUUAAAACAAUGUCAUAUAGCAACGCCUGAGAUAUUCACUUGUCCCCGUAAACAAUAUUGUCUAACUAUAAAUGAUGAACCAAAUGAUAUAAUACUAAACGGGAUAACUGAUGGACUAUGGGUAGGAUUUUACUCGAUUGAGAUGUCACUCAUUCAUGUUGAUUGCGUUGCUAUUCCUUCAAGGAAUGAGUACCAGGAAGAAAACUAUAAAGAUGAUGCUAGCAAAUGCUUCAGAAAAUGCUUGACUUCAAAAUAUAUAGGAAUAUCCAGAAAAUAUUGCGUUUGUUUUGAAAAGCCUUACGGUAAUUCUAUGACGGAUGCGUCAAAUUGCGACAAACAUUGCAGUCAUCCGAAACGUCUUAGGUGUGGAGGGAAGGAUUAUUUAAGUGUUUACCAGUCUGAAAACAAUAUCAACAAAAACGAAAACGAAUCAGAAAACGAGAGAAAGGAGAAUGAUGCUUCAACAAACGACAGUCGUGAGAGUUCAGCAGACGACAGUCGUAAGAGUUCAGCAGACGAUAUUCUUGAUGGUACAGCAGACGAUGGGACACAGGCACGAGAUAGAAAACUACAUCUUGAUAUCAUCUUCAAGUACAUGUACAAUGAAACGGAGGAAGGAAGCAAUUAUGAAAGAAAGUAUGGCUAUGUCCAAGAUGAUCCUAAAGGUUACAUUCUCAAAUUUACAGACGACAAUAUGCAGAAGAAUGCACUGUGCGAAAAGGGUACGAUAAACAUUUUUUUUUUCAUCUUAUCUUAAAUGCUUACAGUCAGUCAAACUUUUCCUCGUUUCCUUCAUCGUUCCCCAAUGAUGUACAAUUAAAACAAAUCCGAAUCAAUAUUUUGUACUUUAAUAAGUAUAUAAAUAGAGAAUACCAUACUAGUGUCUGAAUUAAAUUAUCAAAUUUGAACAAUGUUUUAUUUUAAUUUAUAUAGGUUUUAUCCUUUCAGUGAUGCAAAAUAAUUUUAUCUAGAGUUAAGAAUCUGUUGCCAUUCAGUCUAAUGUUUAUGGUUUUAAGGAAGAGAACAUUACAAUGGUUUUCACUAUAAAGCAAUUGUACCAGAAAUUUUUAAAGUCUUUAAGAACAAGAUUGGCAAUAGUUUCUUGUUUUAGUAAAUAAAGUUUAAUUAUAAUAUGCAUAUGAAUAUGGAAUGAGAAGAGAGGUAACUCUGUAAGUUAUAUUGGAAAUUCUUGCAGAAUUGCCUCCCUUCAAUUAGAUUAUGCCGGCUCG